AUGGCGGAGGCCUUUGAGCGCUUCAAGCGCUUCGAGUACAGACAAAACAGCAACCUUGUGCUGCAGCGAGACCCCUACCUCACGGGGGCCCCCGGGGGGGCCCACCAGGGGGAGCCCACGGGGGAGCCGGAGUCGCUGGCGGGGCGCAAGCUGUACCCCAUGGGAGACAAGGCGGAGAGGGGUUUGAAGAAAGAAGAAAAGGAGAAGAUUGGGAAAAGAAGAAACAAACUCAAGGAAGGAGGCAUUGCCAAAAGAGCGAAACUCGACAUAAAGAAAGGGUCAACUGUGCUGGACGCAGAUGUAACUGAGAACUUCUUUUACCGGCCGACGACGCGCGCGACGAACCAGGUGUACGAACAGCUGCUGGUGCUGCUGCAGCAGCAGCUGGGGGACCAGCCAGACGAAGUGCUUCGGGGAGCAGCAGAUGAAGUUUUGCAAGUUUUGAAAGAAGAUGGACUCAAAGAAGGAGAAAGAAAAAGGGGAAUUGAAGCUGUCUUGGGGCCCCUCACUCAAGAACGCUUCACAAAACUUUUCCAACUUUCCAAAAACAUCACAGACUUCAUGGGAGCUGACCAAGAAGGAGACGAAGCAGGAGAGCCCGACGCCACGGCGGGAGUGGCUGUUGUUUUCGACGAAGAGGAAGAAGGCGAAGAGGACUACGACUAUUCCGACAUGGAGGCUGAGGGAGACGAAGAAGAAGAUGAAGAAACGGAAGAACAAGAAGAAAAAGAAAAGACUUACUUGGCUGCGAAAAACCUGGACGAAGAAGAAGUCGACAACUCCGAGUCCCACUACUCGCUGGACGUUUCCAAAAUUGACCCCCACUGGCUGCAGCGGGAACUGAACUCGGUGUUUGCAGAUCCGAACCAAGCUGUAGCUACAGAGAAGGAAAUCUUGUCCAUUCUUCCCAUUCCGGACAUUCAGGAGUGCGAAAACAAGUUGGUGCUCAUUUUGAAGUACGAAAACUUCGAACUCGCGAAGAAAAUCCUGAAAAACAGGUGGAAGCUCUUCUACUGCAUUCGCCUCGGACAGGCCCAAACCACCGAGGAAAAGGAGGGCAUUCGGGAAGAAAUGAAAAACUCCCAAGAAGGACAAGAAGUCCUCGAGCUCCUCGACGCCCUCACCUCCAGGCGCAACAAAGAAAAGGAAGUCACUCUCAACGUCCGCAAGGAGGCAGCAACACUUGCUGCCAAGGCCCAGGCGCGGGACGCCUCCCUCAGAGCCGCAGAGGCUGACGAUGACGCCACCGCGCUGGGCGGAGGCUCCCACGGCGCCCCAGGCGGCCACGUGGGACCCUCUAGCCAAGCAGCUCAACGCAAACCAACGGGAUCUGUUGACUUGCAAAGCAUUGCGUUUCACCAGGGCAGCCACUUGAUGGCGAACGCGAAGGUCAAACUGCCCGACGGAACUCAGCGCAUUGAGACCAAGAGUUAUGACGAAGUGAUUGUGCCCGCGCUGAAGCGGCCGGCCGAUAAAACUGAUGGCUUGCUGUCGGUGUCUUCGAUGCCGGAGUGGAGCCAGCCGGCGUUUGCGGGGAUUGGAGUUGACCGGCUUAAUGCGCUGCAGUCGAAAGUUUAUGACAUUGCUUUCAACGCGUAUGAGGAGAAUGUGCUGCUUUGCGCUCCGACGGGAGCAGGGAAGACGAACGUGGCCAUGUUGGCGAUGCUGAACGUGAUCGGACAGUACAGAAACGCAACAACUGGAGCCAUCGACUUGAAGGGAUUCAAAAUCAUUUACAUUUCGCCCAUGAAGGCGCUGGUGGCGGAGCAGGUCCAGGCGUUUUCGCAGCGGCUGCAGCCGUUCGGAAUUUCCGUUCGGGAGCUGACUGGAGAUGCUAAUCUGACGAGGGAGAAGAUUGAGGAAACUCAAGUCAUUGUCACAACUCCGGAAAAGUGGGAUAUUAUAACGAGAAAGGCCGGAGAGAGGGCAUAUACCCAGCUUGUUCGGCUCGUGAUCAUCGAUGAAAUCCACUUGUUGCAUGACACCAGAGGCCCCGUACUGGAGGCUAUAGUGGCGCGCACCAUUCGUCAAAUUGAAAUGUCUCAAGAACACAUUAGAUUAGUGGGGCUUUCUGCAACUUUGCCCAACUACGAAGACGUGGCGGUGUUCCUGAGGGUUAAGCCGGAGAGGGGGCUGUUUGUUUUCGGCAAUCACUACCGCCCAGUUCCUCUCAAACAAACUUACAUUGGAAUCAAAGACAAGAAGGCCAUCCGGAGAUACAACACGAUGAAUGAUGUCACUUACGAAAAGGUUCUGGAGUGCGCUGGGAAGAACCAAGUGCUCAUCUUUGUGCACAGCCGCAAGGAAACAGUGAAGACGGCGAAGUUCAUAUGUGAUGCAGCACUUCAAAAAGAUACGCUACCUCGUUUUCUCCAGAGCUUUUCAGCAAGUCGGGAGAUUCUGCAGGCGGAGGCGGAGGCAGUGAAGACGCAGGACUUGAAAGACUUGUUGCCAUACGGCUUUGCCGUUCACCACGCGGGACUUCCCCGAACUGAUAGGAAACUAGUUGAGGAUUUGUUUGCUGACAGACAUAUUCAAGUUCUCGUGUCCACUGCGACUUUGGCUUGGGGUGUCAACCUUCCCGCCCACACGGUCAUCAUUAAAGGAACUCAAGUUUAUUUGCCGGAGAAGGGCGCGUGGUCGGAGUUGUCGCCGAUGGACAUUUUGCAAAUGAUGGGGCGCGCGGGAAGGCCGCAGUACGACACUGGGGGCCACGCCAUCUUGAUUACGCAGCACAGCGAACUUCAGUUUUAUCUUUCUUUGAACAAUCAACAAUUGCCAAUCGAAUCGCAAAUGAUCCAGUGCCUUCCAGACAUGCUCAAUGCAGAGAUUGUUCUGGGAUCCGUAAGAAGCAGAGAAGAUGCUGUGCACUGGCUGGGCUACACCUAUUUGUAUGUGCGCAUGCUGAAGGCUCCAUCGCUGUACGGCAUUCCGCAGGAGAUGGUGGUGGGGGACAAACUUUUGGAGCAAUACUGCAUUAACUUGGCGGACUCAGCAUUAAAAACUUUAGAUCGGCAUUUUCUGAUCAAAUAUGACAAGAGAACUGGAACGAUUCACGUGACUGCGAUGGGGAGAGUGGCGAGCCACUACUACAUCAAGUACCAGACGAUUGCAGUGUACAACGAGCAUCUGAAACCAACUCUUUCGGAUAUUGAGCUUUUGAGGCUUUUCUCUCUUUCUUCGGAGUUCAAGUACAUGCCUGUCAGAGAAGAAGAGAAACUGGAACUACAGAGGCUCAUGGAGCGCGUUCCAAUCCCCGUCAAGGGCUCCCCCGACGAGCCUUCUUCGAAAGUUAAUGUUCUUCUGCAGGCUUACAUCAGCAAGUUGAAGCUGGAGGGCUUUGCCAUGAUGGCCGACAUGGUGUACGUACAGCAGAGCGCCAGCAGAAUAAUGCGGGCGAUCUUCGACAUCUGCUUGAGAAGAGGCUGGGCACAACUUGCAAUAAGGGCACUUCAACUUUGCAACGAAGUCCAGGGCCGCAUGUGGAGCACCAUGACUCCCUUGCGCCAGUUCAAGGUACUGCCUGAGGAGCUGCUGCGCAAAAUUGAAAAGAAAGAUCUGCCCUUUGACCGUUACUAUGACUUGACUUCUACGGAAAUAGGGGAACUUGUGCGUGUGCCGAAAAUGGGCAAACUGCUGCACCGUUUGAUUCACUCUUUCCCCAAGUUGGAACUUGCAGCUUUCGUGCAGCCGCUGAGCCGCUCCUGUCUCGUUGUGGAACUCACCAUCACUCCGGACUUCCAGUGGGACCCCAAGAUCCACGGAAACGGAGAAGUCUUUUGGAUUAUUGUUCACGAUGUUGACUGCGAGCAAAUUCUCCACCACGAGAUGUUCAUUUUGCCGGCGUUUCAAGGCGAAGUCGAGCACACCCUCACCUUCACCUUGCCAGUCACCGACCCGAUUCCCCCGAACUACUGCAUUCGUGCAAUAUCGGAUCGCUGGCUGCACUCCUCAGCUUCCCUUCCCAUUUCGUUCAGAAACCUCAUUUUGCCGGAGAAACCCAUGCCGCAUGCAGAGUUGCUGGACUUGCAGCCGCUGCCGGUUUCCUCUUUGCACGACAAGAAGGCCGAGGAGCUCUACAAGAAAGAGGGCAUCAAAGCAUUCAACCCUAUUCAGACGCAGGUCUUCUCCACUCUGUAUUCAACGAACGAGCCAGUCUUGUUGUGCCUUCCGCCAACAAGUGGCAAAGAGAUUUGCAUUGAGUUUGCCAUUUUGCGAAUGCUGAAGACAGAGCCCGCCAGUGCCUGGAAAGCUGUUUAUCUUGCCCCCUACUCAUCUGUAGUCCAGGAAACGCUGCGGCAGUGGAGUUCCAAACUGGGCUCGGGCCUCGGACUCAAGAUCUCAGAACUCACAGGCGACUUGCAUGCAGAUCUCAAGAUUCUGGAACAGUCUCAUAUCGUGCUAUCUACCCCGGACAAGUGGGACUUCUUAUCACGGCGUUGGAAAACUCGGAAGGUUCUGCAGUCCAUUCGCCUGUUGGUGGUGGACGAUCUGCACUUGUUGAACUCCCCAGUUGGCUCCACUCUUGAAGUUUGUCUUUCUCGCAUGCGAUACAUCUCAGCGCAGUUGCCUCAGCCUGUGCGCAUUGUUGCUUGUGCCAAUUCUCUUUCAAAUGCCAAAGACGUGGCGGACUGGCUCGGCGUGUCGGCCACUGGGCUGUUCAACUUCCACCCGAGCGUGCGCACAGUGCCUCUGGAGAUUUCGCUGCACGGCUUCGACGUGUACAACCGCGAGGCGCGUUUGCUGGCCAUGUCGCGGGCUGUGCACCAAGCCAUAAAGUUGUACACAGCUCCGAGCGAAGACAGCCGCAGCCGCAGCAGCAGGAAGCUCAAGAACGUCUUGGUCUUCUGCUCCGACAGGAAGCAGUGCAGGCUCACGGCCAUAGACCUUUUGCUGCAGACAGCCGCAGACGACCAGCCCAAGAAGUACCUCCACGUUUCAGACGAGACGAUGAAGCAGUACACGUCGAUAGUGCGGGACAAGAUGCUGCUGGAGACGCUCUCUUACGGCGUGGGGCUGUACCACGCGGGGCUGUCUGCUGCUGAGCGGCUGCUGGUGCAGCAGCUGCACUGCAGCGGCGCCAUUCAAGUUGUCGUGGCAGCAGAAGAGGCCGCCUGGGGCCUCCAAAUGAGUUCCCACUUGGUCGUCAUCGUCGACACCAAACGCUUCACCGAAAACGGAUACGAAGACUACCCAAUCGCGGACGUGCUGCAGAUGCUGGGGCGGGCCACGCGGCCCGGAAUCGACAAGCACGGGUACGUGGUGUUGUUGUGUCCUUCGAGCAAACGGGAGUUUUACAAGAAGUUCAUUUUCGAGCCUCUGCCCAUCGAGUCGCAGCUCGAGCAGCACUUGCAAGACCACGUCAACGCAGAAGUCGUUUUGAAAACCAUCGAAAGCAAACAAGACGCCGUCGACUGGCUCACCUGGUCUUUCCUCUACAGAAGGCUCUCCAAGAACCCGAACUACUACGGGCUGCAGGGCACUUCGCACCAGCACUUGAGCGACUUCCUCUCCGAACUCGUCGAGUCUGCAGUCCACUCCCUCGAACAGGCCCAGUGCCUCGCCGAGAAGAACGAGCUCGAGCUCGAGCCCCUCAACUUGGGGCUCAUCUCUGCAUUCUAUUACGUCAAAGUGGCCACAAUUGAACUGUUCAACCGUUCUCUGUCUCCAACGUCGAAGCGUCGGGCUUUAUUUGAAAUUUUGUCUGCUGCUGCGGAGUUUUCGUUUUUGCCGCUGCGGCCCGGCGAAGAAUCUCUUUUGAAGACUUUGGCGCAGCGCCUCGGCCUCAAGCUGCCGCCCUCGACGGACUUCAACAAGACCAGCACCAAGGCCCUCAUUCUCCUCCACGCGCACUGCCAGCGGUGGAGCCUGCCGAGCGACCUCGCGGCGGAGCAGCAGCAGCUGCUGCUGCCCGCCGCGCGGCUGCUGCAUGCGCUCGUGGACGUCACCGCCAGCAACGGCUGGCUCUUCCCGGCUCUUGCUGCAGUCGAGCUCGCGCAGGGGCUCGUGCAGGCGCUGCCGCAGCACGGGCAGGGGCCGCUGGCUUCGCCGCUGAGGCAGCUGCCGCACUUCACGCCCGAGCUCGUGAAGCAGGCCAACGCGAUGGACGUGAAGGACGUUUUUGACUUCAUGAACAUGGAAGAUUCCCAAAGAGAGAAACUGCUGGCUUCCCUCACGCAGGCGCAGCUGCGGGAAGUGGCGAAGGCGAGCAACAGGUACCCAGUGAUCUCUUUGGAAUUUGAAAUUUCGAAAACAGAAAACAUCAGCCCGGGAGAAAACCUCCAGUGCUCCGUGCAACUCGAAAGAGACCUCGCGGACGGGGACGGCGUGGGCGCGGUGUACGCGCCGCUGUUCCCAAAGGAGAAGGAAGAGCAGUGGUGGCUGGUGAUUGGGGAGUCUGCGGGAAACACUUUGCAUGCAAUAAAAAGAAUUUCCAUUUUGAAACAAAACUCUUCUUUUAAACUCAACUUCGAGGCCCCGGAAAGCCCCGGAAAACACCAACUCCUCCUCUUCCUCAUGUGCGACAGCUACGUCGGCGCCGACCAGGAGCACAAGUUCGAGAUCCGAGUCCGCUGA